CCGUGACUCUGUGCAUUCAAUCAAGUGCAUACCCUUCGGCAACAUGCGUCAAUGAUGCCCUUACGUUGUCUCUUGUCACUUGGAGAACAAGCAUAGUCCGAAUACGGUUUAUGACUGCUAUUGCCUCGAAGAUUUCGGUAUAAAUAUGUGACCUCUGCUCUAUCCAGACUUUUCUUUUUCCCUCAUUAUUCUCAACUUUCGAUUACAAUCACCAACUUACUGUUCCAAACAUCCAAAUCAAAAUCUUUGAUCUUGAUACCUACUAUGCAAACACACCAACACACCAACACACAUACAACCAUUCGAGGCAAGCCUUGAUUCCUUUUCCUUCUUUUUCAACUUUCCCUACAGAUUAUACUAACAAGAUGUGUCAAGACCGCUAUCUUCUCUCCGCUCCUUGUGGCCACUCCAAGCACGAGGAGACAUGGAUAUGCAAGCGGGCCAAGUCCUUCAGCGGUAUUCUCAAGAAGCUCAUCCUCCGGAAGAAGUGCGAGCCAGUCAGUGUCAUCGCAAUCGUCAUUGACUGGUGUCCAGCUUGCAAGGUGGCCUUCGAGAGAAUCGUCGACACUAUCGGAGCCCACCCUGUGACAUACAACAACUUCUGGGACCCGAGGCUGAUGGACCGGUAUUGGUCCAUCAAGUCUGGAAACCAGAGAGUCCGAGAAGUUGAUCCAAAGGAGAUAGGCUCCGUCGCUUUCAAAAGCUACGACAGGAUCCCGUACCACAAGGUCAGGACGGGGCCUAACACAGCUAAGAGAAAGGAGGACAGCUGGGAGUUACGCGCUCUACAGGCCGAAGUGCGCCGACUGAAGCCUGUCUGCGUGUGGAUAGAAGACUAUGAACACGAACCCGUCGAGACACUGGAGGAUCAAUUGAACCUUUGCAAAGUCUCCUUGGUUGAAACGAAGAAAAAGGCGUACAACCACGGACUCGUCCAAUCUGAAUCAUUCCAAUAUAAUGCACACUCUGUGGGGAGAAGCUUAGACUUCUCUCUAGCAAGAACUCACACGCAAAGUCACACACAAAGUACCAAUGCCCCAGGAAAUUGUGCUACAAGAGAGCCAAUAAUGGAAGACAUGUCUGUGCCUGUUUUGCACAUCAGCCGCUUCAUCUUGGCCACAAUCAAACCACCGACAAGACAGAACAACAACAACAAGAGAGACACAACACAUCACAGCACAAAAACGACAAAACUCAAACCUACAGUGAUAAACAUGAUUCUUCAGCCAUUGCUCUGUCUCUUGCUUUCUGUGACAUCAAUUUAAUGUCUCUCGAUCCUAUUAUUACAGUGAAGACGAAUCGAAUCAUAUGUUCUUAAUCA